AUGAGCCUUUCUCCCCUAGAUGUGGGAGUCCAGCGCUUCCUGGAAUUCACAGUGACGCUUGUUUUCCCAGAAGUGUACUCUACAGGGCAGCUUGACGCUGCGACACAGGCCCUGCUCUCAGAAUGGCCCACACUUGGCUCGCGACUAAACUCACUGCGAACUGACCUCAUCCCAAGCGAACCCGACAACCUACCCAAUAUCUACCGAGGACAAUUCCUCGAAAAGAACCUCGAGGAUGUCAUCGACAUCGCCAAACCGAAGCAGAUGAAGGACGAUAUUAGGAAGCUGGAUAAGCUCUUCAAGUUCUCGAACAGCCUGAAGAAAGCGCUGCGAGGGCAGGUCUUCCAGGUUCGCGCGCUCCUGUUGCAAAACGCUACGGUCAUACGAUUUGUAUUCCAGCAUCCUUUCUGCGAUGCGACUGAAGCAUACUGCGACAUUCUGAGUGGAAAGAAGGUCCCAGAUGUAUCGUUUAUGAGAACCCCCCUGAGACUGUACGAUGGAACCACGCAAGAAGCGACAAAUGAAAAGAACACCCAGAAUACAACGGAGAUAGUUAAUCGAACACGCGAAUUAUUCGUCUGGAGCUGGCGAGCUCUACUCCAAAAGGGCGUCAAACUGAUCGUGCGAGACCUGCUGCAUCCCAGCCGGGUCGAGAACACGCUAUACAUUCCGGAAGAACAGCUAAGAGCCUGGAAAGAAGAAGCUCAGAGGCAAAACAUCAGCGUCACUGACCAUGAUCUCCUUACCGCAUUUAUCUAUCAGUCCGCGUACGAGCAAUCCCUGCCCCAAGACUACAGCAUCAUAUUCGGCAUCCGACGACAACUCCAGAACCAAACCCCAAUGCACAACUCUUGUUUAGUACUCCCUAUCAACCUUGACUCCCUCCAUGACGGCAAUCGAUCAAAGCCCGCGGCGCUCCCUAAGAUAGCAGCCGAAGUGCGACGCACAAUCCUCCAAGCCCGACAACCAGAGUGUCUUUCUAAACUGCUACAGUUCCAUGCAAACCCAAAUACAAGGCCCAUGAUUCCGCGAUGGAUUGGACGCAAAGCCUCUCAGGUGUCGGUGACCUCGUGGGCUGAUUUACCUUUCUUUAACCUUGACGCGCGAGGGACGACGCCGAGCUUUGUGUUUGGAGAGCUCGAUUUGUGGGGACUUUUGAAGAUGUUUGGACUCUCUAUGGACGAUAUUAUUAUAACUUGGAGGGAUCAAGCAGCAGGAGAGGAUGGAAACGGUGGCUAUUGGAUUCGAGGGAGACUGGAUAAGGCUGCGUGGGAGAGAAUGGCCGAAGCCCUUAGCCAAUAG